GACCCUUUAUAGUCCAGCGCUUCCUUUCCGCUCAAGCCUACUGAGAAACCUCGACUGCCAGCCCCGGACAGCCUACACUCAUUCUUCACAUCUCCAAGACCUCUACACCCAACCGCCAAUAUGAUCAUUUACAAAGAUAUUAUCACCGGUGACGAGAUGAUCUCGGACUCGUACGAUCUCAAGGAGAUCGACGGUGUCGUCUACGAGGCCGACUGCAGAAAGAUCACAGUCGGUGGAGAAUCAUUCGACACUGGUGCCAACGCUUCCCAGGAGGAGCAAGAGGAGGGUGCCGACGACAACGUCGAGACCAAGAUUGACGUCGUUCACUCUUUCCGCUUGAACGAGACCAGCUUUAGCAAGAAGGACUACCUCAGCUACCUCAAGGGCUACAUGAAGGCCGUCAAGAAGGCUCUCGAGGAGAAGGGUGCUGAUGCAUCCGAGAUCAAGGACUUUGAGACCAAGGCCGGAGGCUACGCCAAGAAGAUCAUUGCCAACUUCAAAGACUACGAGUUCUUCACCGGCGAGUCCAUGAACCCCGACGGCAUGAUCGUCCUCCUCAAUUACCGCGAGGACGGUGUAACACCCUACGUGACCGUCUGGAAGCACGGCCUCACCGAGAUGAAGGUUUAAGCUUGGAAUGGAUUUAUCUGGGAAGCACGGGGCUUGGUCAUGGUGCAUUGAAUUUCACGAAUACAUAUUGCAUGAUAGGGAAUAUCCACCAUCGUGCGAAAAGCGGUGGCACGAAUCUAGACGUCUGAUGUCGAACCACACGUGUUACACGAAUCACUUUCUUUCCAGCACCA